GUGCAGAUCCAGCCUUGCCAGCUGGUGCGACAGCGCCGCUCAGCCUCUCCGGCGGCUGUCUGUUACCUUCUCUGCGAUUCAGGUGCGGAGCGAGCCCGUCCAGCCCGGGAGGAUGCAGCGCCCGCUGUGGUCUGGGGUCCCCGGGGCGUUCCGGCUGCUCCUCUGCUUCCUGCUGCUGAACAGCCGCCCAGGGGGCUGCAGCGACAUUAGUGGCCACGAUGGUCAGGGCCAAGUGGGAAUGGGGCAGAUCUGGCCUCUGCAAGGAUUUACCAUGCCAGUGUUCCAGCACUUGCAAGUUAUACUCCAGCAGAUUGUGCCACAAGGUUCCACAUGUUUGUUCUGGAAGGAUGACAUGCCCCAAGAUGUGAUGGCCCUGAAGAUGGAGCACAUCAGCAGACUCCAUCCCCAAGAUCCAUGUCUGAGGGAUGGGCAGGGUGCCUUUCCCACCAAACCCACCAGGGUGAGCGGCAAGCAAGAGGGGAAACUUCAGCUCCUAUUUCCCAAGAGCCCAGUGGUCAGGGUGAACAGGGAUCAGUGCUCUACCUCCAGAGUGGAUUUGAAGGCCCUGAAGCAAGUGGUGGUCAACCCUGUCAAGGAGCCAAUCACCCUCAUCCAGGAGAGGCUGAGGUGGCUUGGACUGGGAUGAUGGCUGUGGAGCUAGCAUCCCCAGCUGCUGUGCACCCCAUCCAGAGGCAGCCUACACUUCAAGGAGCUUCCAGCGCCUCAUGAGCUUCCCGGAAACCAGUUUUCACUCCCGCAAGGAGCCAGCUGGGCUUCCUGAGCCUGGAUUGGUUGCUGGGUCAACGCACUCAGAGCUAAGUGACAGACCCACCUGUGAGAGACUGGUUGCCAUGGUGUUCUGGGGAAUGCAAACAAGGUGCAGCCAUUCUUUCCAGCCCUGAACCCAAGGGAAAAUUACCAGAAAGAGGGUGAAAUAUAUGUGGGAGCUAAGGGGACAGGCAGUCAAUGGAUGGGCUGAGUCAUUGUGGGCUUACUCAAAUCAGGCUGUUAUUGAAGCAGCUGGGGAAGGACAGUAGGUGAGGGAGGGGCGACCUCCCCACAUACUGACUCCAAUCUUUUUUUCUUCUUGUUUUAGGGCUUCUCUGAAUCGUGCCCCACUGUGGGCCACAACCUUGUUGCUGAUUGAACCCACAUGUGAAGCCUCUCUACCCUGAUGCUCUCCUCAUUGUCCCCAGAGGGGCAGUUCUAGGAUGCCCUGAUUAAAGUGGACUGUCAUGCAGACGCUUUCUGUGACUUGUCUUGAGGCAGGAUGGGUGGGGUUUGGAUCUGGACCUUGCCAGAGCCUCCAAAGUGAGAGAGGUGGGACCAGAACAGUCAGUGGGGGUGAGGAGAGUAGAGUUAGAGUCCUCAAUACAGUCGGAAGGUUGGUUUCUGCCUUGUUUUCCUUCCAGUGACCAUUCCUGAAGUGUGGAAAAUGUGGUGGGACCACAGCUGGAAUGACAGCCUUCCCCACCUGCACCCAGCUGUGUCAUGUGGCCCAGUUGCCCACCCUUCCAUAGCAACAGACCUGACCCCUCCUGUUUUAUGAGGGUCUCUACCUCCAGCAUUACAGCCCCUGCUAGGACUCUCCCACUCAUCCUGCUCAUCCCCAGAAUCAACAGAGAAGUGUCAUGAUCAAAGUAUACACACAUUAAAUAUUUUGAAGGUUCUUGCCAGUUUGCUCCUGAUAGCUUAAAAUAUUAAAAGUGAAUGGGUAAUUUGACCACCAAUGCACAGCCUGACUAGACACUGGAAUAUCCUAUCUGCAGAGUUUUAUUCCUCUCAAAGUACUCUCACACUCACUGGGAAAUCACAGGUGCAAGCAAAUGGGCAGGUAUCAGGAUCUGGUUUGUAUACUUUACUGGAUAUAAGUUAUAUUUCAUUAAUUAAAACUAUGAAACUCUCAAAAUUAAAAUGUAAAAGGUGAAUAAGAGAAAAGAUGUUCUUGAAAAGAAGUUGAGAUGAUUUGCUCUACCUGGUAUUAAGACUUAUUAGUAUGAAGUAUAGUAAUUCAGAAAGUGUGGUAUUGAUGCAAAGACAGUCAGGUAGAUCUAUGGAACACAGAGCUCAGAAAUAGGCCCACAACAAUGUGGACACUUCAUUUAUAAUAAAGGACGUUAGAAGAGCACAGCUCCUCAGAGAGGAGAGGGUAAUCUUUCAAAACAGUUCAGGAAAAACUGGGUAUCCUUGUAGAAGAAAAAUAUACCUUUAUCCAUAACUUAAACACACAAAUAGAAUCCAGGUGGAUCAUAGGCCAAUAAGAAGAAUUAGAUGAUGAUGAAACUUAUUCCUUAGCUUAAAGCCAUUUGGUGAUGCUGAAAUGCUAUUCUACAAGAUUUUGCAGAUGAAGGAUUUACAAGAUAGUAUAAAAAUAACUUCAUAUCCUAAAGGUUGGAAAAGAUUUCUUACAAAGGUAACAAAAAUCCUAAAAAUAAAGGAAAUGAUAGUAUAUUUGAUACAUUAAAUUGAAAAUAUCUAUCAACUCUAACAGCUGAUGACAGUUUGGGGACGUACAGUUGUCUCUGCCAUGUGAAUGCAAACUUCUUCCAGCUGUCUUUCCUUAUAAGAAUGAGAAAAAAAGGAAGUUUCUAAGUCAGUGUUGUCCAGUAAACAUACAAUUUAUAUAUGUAACUUAAAAUUUUCUAGUAUUCACAUUUUUUUAAGUUUAAAAAAAAGCAGGGCAGGAAUGGAUGGACAUAAAUUUUGUGUCUAUGCUAAUUUAAAGUGAAUAAAGACAAAUAACC